AGUAAUUGUUUUAGGAAACUAAAUAAUUGUUACUAUUUGUUGAAAAAUAAGUCUAACUAUGAUUAUGUCAGGUUAUAUUGUAAUUACAUUGUUGGUUGUGAUGACAGUACUCGGUGGCAGUCAAUCAUCGGUAGUAAAACCGCAAAAUAAAUUGUCUCAAAUGACUAUUGGUCAACAUCUUGGAUCAAUUAUGAUGACUAAAUCAAACAAUAAAAUAGCAUCCAUUGGCAACAUUACUAUUGGCAAACAUAUUGGAUCAGCCAUUAAAUACGAUACAGACAUUAAAGUAGAUAUAACAUGUACUCAAGGUUUGCCAGGUUAUGAUUGUUGCAAAAAAAUCAAAGACGACGCCAUUAAGUGUAUUGAGGGUAAACUACUUGUGCCCACUGAGGAGGAAAUUAGAAACAUGACAUCCGAUGAUAUUACUAAAUAUAGUUGUUGUGCUAUAACUCUAAUGACUGACUGUAUACUAGACAAUGCUCGGUAUUCAUGUUCGGUUGAUGAUUACAAGCUAUACAAAGAAGCAAUUGAGCAGGGUAUUAAUGAAACAAAUAAAGUUGCAUGUGCCAAUCACAAAAUUGUACCGGGUAAAAUUGAUUAUUGUUCACAAACCACACCAACUGUUCCAACCACUGCUAUCCCAAUCCCAGUCAUAACUGGCGGUCCAAUCGGUGGUAACAAUAAACAAAGUAUUUUAACAAAUGCUUUAUAUAUUAUUGCAUCAAAUAUUUCAGUUUUUAACAAGAGUUAG